AUGGCUCCCAAGAAGACCACCACCCGCGCUCCCCAGGAGAACAUCUCCCUCGGACCCUCCGUUCGCGAUGGCGAGCUGGUCUUCGGCGUUGCCCGUAUCUUCGCCUCCUUCAACGAUACCUUCGUCCACGUCACCGAUCUGAGUGGCCGUGAGACCAUCACCCGUGUCACUGGUGGUAUGAAGGUCAAGGCCGACCGUGACGAGUCCUCCCCCUACGCUGCCAUGUUGGCUGCCCAGGACGUCGCUGCCCGCUGCAAGGAGCUUGGCAUCAACGCUCUUCACAUCAAGAUCCGUGCCACUGGUGGUAACGGUACCAAGACCCCCGGUCCCGGUGCCCAGUCCGCUCUCCGUGCCCUCGCCCGUGCUGGCAUGAAGAUCGGCCGAAUUGAGGACGUUACCCCUACUCCCUCCGACUCUACCCGCAGAAAGGGUGGUCGCCGUGGUCGUCGUCUCUAA